GAUGGAACUAUGCCAUGCAGUGGCUCAUUGUCCUCCCCCUAGAAAUCGUUGCUGCUUCAAUUACCAUCGACUACUGGGAUUCGAACAUUUCGAACGCUGCCUGGGUUGCGAUAUUCUGGGUAAUGAUAGUGGUCAUCAACAUGUUUGGCGUCAAGGGAUACGGUGAGGCGGAGUUUGUCUUCUCAAUGAUCAAGGUUAUUGCUGUGCUUGGCUUCAUCAUCCUUGGUAUUAUCCUCAACUGCGGCGGAGGCCCGAAAGGUGGCUAUAUCGGCGGGAGAUAUUGGCAUGAUCCAGGCGCAUUUCACAAUGGCUUCAAGGGUCUUUGCAGUGUAUUCGUCAAUGCUGCAUUCGCAUUUGCUGGUACUGAGCUGGUUGGCCUUGCUGCAGCCGAAGCUGCGAAUCCCCGGAAGAGCCUGCCAACGGCGAUUAAGCAGGUGUUUUGGCGUAUCUUGCUUUUUUAUCUCGUCUCCCUCACCCUAAUCGGACUUUUGGUCCCGUAUAACGAUAAUCAAUUGACGUCAGGGAGUUCCUCUGCGGAUGCUAGGGCAUCCCCUUUUGUGAUUGCCAUCAAGAACGCUGGCAUUUCUGGUCUCGAUUCUGUCAUGAAUGUUGUGAUCAUGAUUGCCGUCUUGUCUGUGGGUAACUCAUCUGUUUAUGGGUCAUCACGAACCCUAGCCGCUUUGGCUGAACAGGGUCAAGCACCUAAAAUCCUGGCCUAUAUCGACCGCAAAGGCCGCCCCCUUGUUGCACAAGGUGUUGCAUCAGUCUUAGGGCUCCUCGCAUUCCUGGCAGCAUCCGAUAAGCAAGAAGACGCCUUCAACUGGAUGCUGGCCAUUUCUGGUCUCUCAUCUAUCUUUACCUGGGGUUCCAUCUGUCUGGCUCAUAUCCGCUUCCGCCGCGGCUGGAAGGCCCAGGGAUAUAGCCUAGACGAGCUGCCAUUCCGCUCUCAGCCAGGCGUAAUUGGAUCCUGGGUGGGGUUUAUCUUCAACUGUCUUGUGCUCGUUGCGCAAUUCUGGGUUGGAUUUGCCCCUGUUGACUACGGAGAGAUGACUGCGUCUGGAAGAGUUGAGAGUUUCUUCCAGAGCUAUUUGGCUGCUCCAGUUGUCAUAGCCUUUUAUAUCCUAUAUAAGAUCUACACUCGGUCUCCAUUUAUGCGUGCCAAGGAUAUGGAUUUGCAAACGGGUCGUCGAGAUCUCGACAUUCAACACUUAAUCAAUGAGGAACGGGCCGAGCAGGCCGCAUGGCCUUGGUGGAAGAAGACGUAUAAAUUCUUUUGCUAGGCUGUCUAUAAUGAUAAUAUGUAUCUUAAUUUAUCCUAAUUUUUUUUAACAGACUAAACCCAACGUUUCUUACAUAAUCCACUUCUAGACUUCUCCAGCC